UUCUCCGCUGGACGGGUGUUAGAAGCACCACCAACCGGUGUGGCGGGGUUUGUGCUAAGACGGGGCCUUCGUUUCCGGUUCCGGUCUCCCAUUUUGGCCGAGAGGGUGGGGGAGAUGCUGCAGUCCCCCAAGGGGCCGCCCGGAGCUGAAUUUCUGCAACCCAGAAUGGCUGCACCCGUCAUGACUGGAGUGCCCACUGUCUCGCUCCCGGAGCUCUGUUCGCUGAUAGCUUCAGGCCGAGCCCGGCUCUUCGAUGUGCGAACUCGGGAGGAGGCCGCGGCUGGGACCAUCCCCGGGGCACUCAACAUCCCGGUGGCUGAGCUGGAAAGUGCCUUGAAGAUGGAGCCCGCAGCUUUCCAGGCUUUGUACUCUGCUGAGAAGCCAAAGCGGGAAGACCAGAACCUUAUUUUCUUCUGUCAGGUUGGCAGGCGGGGCCACCAGGCCACCCAGAUAGCCCAUAACCUUGGAUAUACAGGGUAUGGCAAGGUGCACAGGCGUACUAGCUGGGAAGUGACUUGGGGAUUGCCUCCUGGACCUAUCCUUCCUUUACCCCUCCUUCUCCACAGGGCUCGAAACUAUGCUGGGGCUUAUAAGGAAUGGGUCGAGAGAUUUAGGUAAAAAGUGGUUUACGGAUUGGCCCUAAUCCCCAUCCCUCCUUUUGAGGGUAAUAAGGAGCUGUGUUGAACAAGUUAUUAUGGUGCUUCUGCACACAAAAACUUCAAAUAAAGAGCAUUUAAUCAUA